AUGAUACCGAAGAUAGUUUGGUUUGGCUAUAAAAAUUACGAGGUAGUCGACAAAAAACGAGUUGCAAUCUGCAAAACAUGCGGAUCGAAGAUUACAGACGGAGCUGCCACAACGUCCAACUUUGUUCGACACCUGAAGUUGCACAAAGAAAGGUAAGUUUUGAACGAAUGCUACGCACCUUAUCGGAUGUACCGUAACUUACUAGCUAGCUGCUGCAUAUUUACUGUAUCAACGAGACAAACGCACGUCUCCCUUGCUGGUUCAUGCUUACAAAAAUAUGGAUUUUUGAACUGCUAUUAUAUGGACAUUCUAAAACGCUUUCGUGAAAAACGCUUAACGUUCUUUAAUGUACUAAGACAGUGUUAUUAAAAGACCAAACUCUGUAAAUAUCAUAUUAAUAAAGUAUACUAUGUACAAAACAUCAGAUGAGCCCAGAAUAUGAACGCAAACACGUUUAAUAACACGUUGCGUUUUCCUCCCAUAGAAAACUAUUAUAAGAAAAGGCUUAACGUGUCUUAAUAUACUGAGACAGUAAUAUUAAAAGACCAAACUAUAAAUAUCAUAUUAAUAAAGUAUACUAAAUGUACAAAACAUCAGAUGAGGCCAGAAUAUGAACGCAAACACGUUUAACAACACGUUAAGUGUUUUCCUCCCAUAGAAAACCAUUAUAAGAAAAGGCUUAACAUGUCUUAUGUAGGCUACUAUGUAUUCUGGGCUCAUCUGAUGUUUUGUACAUAGUAUGCUUUAUUAAUAUGAUAUUUGCAGAGUUUGGUCUUAUAAUAUUACUGUCUUAGAAUAUUAAGCAUUAAGCAACGUUAAGCGUUUUUCACGUUAAGCGUUUUAGAAUUCAGUUUCAGAGUUGCUGGUGUGCUGCCUCAUUGAGGUCGUUUAUGUAAUUUUGGUUAAUCACAACUAAGCUGAACUGUCGCUGAAGACAAAAUAUCACAAUUAAACAAUGAAUGCACCCCCUUUCACAACUCGGAUGUAGUUGGUGCAUCCCUAAACCCAUCCAAGUACAACAGGAAACAUAGUAAGACGUAUACAUUGUAAAGAGGAAAAUGAUAACACAGUCACAGUAGAUCCACCAUUAGCCUUCCCUUUUCAUAUCAUGCCCAAACAGCAGACAGCGCAUGGACAGAGUGCUACCGUAGUCUACAGUAGGUCUGUGAGGCAGCGCACCACUGGGAUAUAUACAGUAUAUAAUAAAAUAAUAACGAUUAUAGUAGUAAUGUUCAGAGAUGCAAUAGAUUAUUAUAGUGCAGUUCUUAACUAAUGGGAAUAUUGUUUAGCUUAUUUUUGGUUUAAUUUGGUUUACUUUAGUUAUUUAAUUUAUUCAAUUAUUUUGUUUUUCUAUACUUUUCAUGCCAACUUGCCAUGGCCCCCCUAGAACCCCCUCGCGGCACCCAAGGGUCCCCGUCCCCACUUUGAAAACCACUGCUAUAAAGCAUAUGACUUCAGUUUCUUGAGGGAAAGGGCUUUCUUAUGAAUUUUGAAGCAGUGAAAAUAUUCUUAAUAUUGCAUACACUGACACUGAAAUGUAUUAUCGUAAACCGUAGUGUACAAUAGGCAAUGAAUAUUAACACAACAACAUUGAUAUGAGUAAAGAGUAGUUUCAAAUACAACAUGUGUGGCUGUAAAGGAUUUUCUGACAUCUGUUUCAUAUUCUUCUCUGUUACAGGUAUGAAGAAUACCAGAUGAACAAAAUCAUCGUAGAUGAACCACAACAGCCUUCAACCUCACAAUUCCUUGACACUCGUGUAGGGCGUUACAGCCUGACCCACCCACAGCAGAAGGCCAUCUCCAAUGCGAUACUGUCUGACUUGAUUAUUGAUUGCAAUUUCCCUCUGUCUAUUGUGGAAAAUAAGAGCUUUCGUCACUUUCUGGCUGUGCUGGACAGCAAGUAUACCCCAGUAUGUCGCCGAACGCUGACCACAAAAACAGAGAGCCUUGCUGAGGAGAGACGGUCAAAGUUAAAAACUCAAUUGAGCAACACUGACCAUGUUUCAGUCACUGUGGACAUUUGGUCUGAUCGAAAGAUGAGGGGAUUCCUUGGUGUCACUGUGCACUGGAUGGAGCGAGAUGCAGAGAGGGUACAGCUAAAGACUAAUCUCUUGGCCUGUGUCACACCCUGGUUCUGGGACUCAUUAUUGUUGAGCCAGGGUGUGUGCAGUCUAUGUGGUUUGGUUCUAUGUUGGGUGUCAAGUGUUGUAUUAUGUUGAUUAGUGAUAUGACUCCCAAUCGGAGGUAACGAGUGUCAGCUGUCGGCUCGUUAUCUCUGAUUGGGAGCCAUAUUUAUUCUGUAUGUGUUCUUGUGGGCAUUGUGGGUUAUUGUUCCGUUUCUGUCAGUUUAGCAGAGGACUUCACGAAUCGUCGUUUGUUUUGUAUUUUUGUGCUUUAUCGAUUAAAGUUAUCAUGUUCACUCAACGCGCUGCGCUUUGGUCCGUUCAUUCAUCAGACGAUCGUGACAGCCUGCAACCGCUUCAAAGGCUCUCACACAGCAGAGCGAAUCUGUGACCAAUUUGAGGCAAUAUGUGAUGAAUACAACAUCAAAGCUAAAUUGGACUAUAUAAUUAGUGACAAUGCUGCUAACAUGCGCAAGGCAUUUACAGUCUGCUUCCCCAGCGAACAGGAGGAAGAUGAAGAUGCUGGAGAUAAUCUUGAUGAUCCUGAGCUAUGGCAUGACUUAACCCAAGAAGACCAGCAAACCGUCGAUGCUGCUAUGGCAAAGAAACAGCGCCUGCAGUGUUUUGCACACACAUUGCAGCUGGUUGUGGGAGACGGUUUGAAAGAAACAAAAGCGGCAUGUCCUUCUCUCUCCAAGUUAUCAAAACUUAGCUCCCUGCUCCACACAAGCACAACGUUUAAAGACAUCUUCGAUGGUGAAUUUGGGGAGCACAGAGGCAUCCCUGCUGCAGUGAGCACGAGGUGGAAUUCCACACUGCGGCAGGUAAAAGCAGUCCUUCAUUGUGAUCAGCAAAAGCUCUGCGCAGUUCUUGAGAAGGCCGGGCAUAAAGAACUGUCAUUCACACCACGAGAGUGGAAUCUGCUGAAGGAGUUGGUGGACAUCUUAAAACCGUUCGGAGAAGCAACUGAUUUGACACAGGGGGAGAAAGUCAUUACAAUCAGUGCAGUUGUUCCAUCCAUCUUGUCCCUCAAUCACCAUCUUGAGAAGCUGAAGCCUCAAGUUCGUUUCCUGAGUGGCCUGGUCAGAGGUCUGCAGGCAUCCCUGAAAAAAAGAUUUCUUGGGAUCUUCAUUAAUGUAAAAAUGGCCCAGUCUCAAGAAGGGAUCACUGCCCCCUUUUCAGACACAGUCUACCUGAAAGCAGCUGCCUUGGAUCCAGCCUUUUGUCUGCUGUGGAUUGAGCCCCAUGUGCUGGUCAACCGUGACAUCAAGGCAGAGGUGGCACAACGAGUUAAAGGUAAAUAUUAUUGACUUGCAAUGCAACUUAAAUGCAACGUACAAUAAUUUGAUCUUAAUCUGAUAUAGGAUCUAAUGUGAUAUUAAUCUGACUUUAACAAUAAUAAAAAAUUUCAGUCUUGAACAGUAUCAUCAACAUCAGAAAUAAGGGCUCUUUUGUUUCUGCUGUUGUGACACGUUUUUAUUUUUAUUUUUAGAAUUGAUCCUGCAAGAUGCUGCAGAGACAGAGCAGCCUGUGCCGGUGCCUGCUGAAGAAGAACUAGAGGACAUGGAAGGAGAAGGGCUGUUUGCUGCAUACCAUAAGAGGCAGAAAAGGGAUGUUGGGACCCCACCAGCAGUACAGCUAAGUCACUACAUUGACAUGGCAGAAGGACAGAAUGCCCUUUUGUUCUGGGCACUGAACAGUAAGACUCUUCCUUCACUCUUUCAAGUAGCCAUCCGAGUCUUGGCAGUGCCUGCUUCUAGUGCUCCAGUGGAGCGAGUUUUCAGCCAUGGUGGCAUCAUUCUGCGUCCCCAU